AUGGCAGACCAGGAACACAUUCCCCAAUUUAUGCCGGCAGUCCAUCUACCCCCUGGACCCUACGAUCCGUCUUCUCCUCCGCCCGCUUCCUCUCUGAUCUAUGACCCCAAAUUCCCAACCCCUCAACCAAACCCAUCUCAAUACCUGAUAAAAGUGCUCAGCACCGCCCUGUGCCGUGAUGAACUCACCUGGCCUGAAGUCAUAUCUAAUUCUCGCGCCUACCAGCCUCCUAUCCCAGGCUACGACGUUUGUGGUACCAUUCUCUCAACACCGUCAGAUGACGAACAUACUUACGACGGCCCUAAGUUCAAAGUUGGCGAUGAGGUUUUCGGAUGGUUGAGCGUGCAUAGAGGAGGAGGGGCCGCUGAUUGUGCUUUGGCAGAGGAGAACGAGCUAGCAUUCAAGCCGAAGAACGUAACAAGCGUCGAGGCAGCGAGCAUUCCUCUAUCUGCCAUGACUGCAUGGCAGGCUUUUUUCGCCCACGGAAAUCUAAAGCAUAUUGCAGACAAGUGUGGACACCUGGACAGUGAAGUAGUGCGAGAUGACUGUAUGGAUGAAAAUGGCAAAGAAGGGGUCAAGCAACUGCAGCCUCGCGGCGAGCCUGUCCGAGUGCUGAUAACCAAUGCAUCUGGCGGAGUGGGAGUACAGGCCCUUCAGCUCUUACGGUCAAAGACUCUAUUCGGAGACCAGAAGUUCUGGAUAUGCGGUACAUGUUCAAGCCGCAAUGCAACCUUUUUGAAAGACACCUUGCACAUCGAUGAAGUUAUCGACUACACCGUUAACCCGGAUUUGAGUGAAGCCUUUAAAUCAAAGGGCUGGCAGCCUGUUGACUUUGUGUUUGACUGUAUAGGGGGUCAGUCGCUGAAGCAAGCCCAUUCCCCAGCCGUCAUUUGUGAUAAUGGCUCGAUAGUUAGUGUGGCACAUCCACUCAAGGAGGAGUGGGGAGAUUUGGGAAUUGAAAAGAGAGGGUUGAGCAGCCGAUAUUUUAUCAUCGAGUUAAAUGGGAAGCAACUGGAGAAGAUUGGUACGCUAGUAGAAAAAGGCGAAGUCAGGGGCUUUGUUGACAGUGUCUUUGAGCUGCACAGAGCCAGAGAAGCCAUGGAGCUGGUUGAAUCGAAGAGGGUUCGAGGAAAGGUCGUCUUGAAGGUUAACUAG